AUGUAUAUACCAGAUCUGACCUAUCGUAUGCUAAAUGCAGAAAAACAAAUAUAUCACUCAAUCGAAAAUUUUUUUCCACAUGUCGUCAAUUAUGAUGAACCAAAUCAUUUUACUGUAUCAAACUCCCUUCAGUCCGUAUCUCAGCAACAACAACAACUGAUUUCAUCAUCACUAAAAAGUCCACCUGAUAUUACUGUCGAAAAAGCUUCUAUCAAAAAUCAUAGUGUAACAUCACCGUUCGCUUACGAUCUAGCUUUAACAACAUCAUUAUCAAUUCCAAGUACAAGUCAUAUCAACCCAUCUCAACCACAAGCGACAUUUAUAGAUUCAAUAGUAAAUAAACCAGCAGAUGAAAUUGAGAUAAAAAUACGAUUUGUAUUCUUGCGUGUGGGAGAAAUAGAUACAUUGAAGUACGCCCUUGUGUUUCCACAUAUAUUUAUCCUAAAAAAAUAUGAUGUAUUUUAUUUAAGUGAGCGUUAUAAUGCGGAAAUAUUUUUUGAAGCCUGUUGGAUCGAUGAACAUUUGAAAAAUCAAAUGUUAUAUGAUCCAACUGUUCACUGGAAUCCCAGUUUAAUCGUAACUAACGAAAUUGGCGAUAAUAAACACGAUGUAGUAUGGUAUACGGUAACGAAUUGUGACAGCUCUCCAGAAGUAACGGAACAUCAUAAAAUUAGAGGCAUCUUUUGGGAAAAAAUGGAAGUAAGUUAUUCGUAUAUUUAG